CUGACGCACCGCUCCGGCUUCCUUCUCAUUUCAGCAGUCAGGUGUACUUACUGCGCUUCUCUGCGUCUUGUAAACACUAGGUAUAUGAUCCAUUUACGUGGAUGUUUUGGUGUCAGUAAAGUGCUGCUCAUCUGAAGUCAAGAAACAGUCUGUUUUUUCCCCCGUCAUUUAUAUAACGUUAAGUUAACGUUUUGUUCAUUGAUUCAUUGGUAUGUCAUCAUAGUGCAAGGUGUUUUGAGGACAUAUUUGGAUUGAUGCCCGGGAGGUUAAGAUGGAACUGUCUCAAUCUAUCACACACAAAAACGGGAGGCAGCGGAAGCCCGUGGUGUCCAACUCUGAUAUAAGUGAAAGGGAAUCCAAGCUAGAAGUGGAGGAUGACGAGGAAGCUCUUCUGCCAAACUCAGACCGGGCUGAUGGACAAACGAAAGCGAGUCACGGAAUUAAAGGAGAACUGGCCAAUGUGGCCCUGUUACUGUUUUUAUAUGUGCUUCAGGGCAUUCCCUUAGGCUUGGCCGGGAGCAUCCCUCUCAUCAUGCAGAGUAAGAACGUUAGCUACAAGGACCAGGCCUAUUUUAGCUUCGUCUUUUGGCCCUUCAGUCUAAAGCUGUUCUGGGCUCCCCUGGUGGACUCGCUGUACCUGCGGAAGUUUGGCAGGAGGAAGUCGUGGCUGGUGCCCACUCAGUACCUGCUAGGUCUUUUUAUGCUUUACCUGUCCGUCUCGGUUGACGCAAUGCUUCAGACCGAUGGACAGAGGGGGCCUGAUGUGAUCACUCUGACCGCAGUCUUCUUCAUGCUGGCUUUCCUCGCAGCCACGCAAGAUAUUGCCGUUGAUGGCUGGGCUUUGACUAUGCUUUCCAGGGAGAAUGUGGGUUAUGCUUCCACUUGUAACUCUGUGGGUCAGACUGCUGGAUACUUCCUAGGAAAUGUGUUGUUUCUGGCUCUGGAGUCUGCUGAUUUCUGCAACAAGUAUCUGAGGUUUGAGCCUCAGGAACGGGGCAUUGUAACACUCUCAGAUUUCUUGUUUUUCUGGGGGAUUGUGUUCAUGGUUUCUACCACUCUGGUUGCUGUCUUGAAAAAGGAAAACAACAAACAGCACCAUACUAAGAAGAAGCCUAAAGAGGAGACACAGAGUGUUAUGGAGACCUACGAACUUUUGUUCUCCAUAAUUAAAAUGCCCACUGUCUUUACCUUCUGUAUCCUUCUGCUGACCGCUAAGAUCGGUUUCUCUGCAGCUGAUGCCGUGACGGGGCUGAAGCUAGUGGAAGCUGGGGUUCCUAAAGAGCAGCUGGCUCUAUUGGCGGUUCCCAUGGUGCCUCUGCAAAUCUUGCUGCCUCUAGUUAUUAGUAAAUACACAGCUGGGCCACGUCCUCUUGACAUUUUCUACAAAGCUUUCCCAUUCAGGCUGCUGAUUGGUUUGGAGUAUGCCCUGCUGGUCUGGUGGACCCCAAGUGUUCGGCAGGAGCAAGGCUUCCCAGUGUAUUACUAUGCUGUUGUGCUGCUGAGCUAUGCAGUACAUCAGGUGGCACUAUACAGCAUGUAUGUUGCCUGCAUGGCCUUUCACGCCAAGGUCAGUGACCCUAUGAUAGGGGGCACCUACAUGACCCUUCUGAACACUGUGACUAAUCUAGGAGGGAACUGGCCCUCUACUCUAGCUCUAUGGCUGGUAGACCCUCUCACCUUUAAAGAGUGCCAGGGAGCCCCAGGACAGACGUGCGGCUCGGUUGAAGAAGCAGGGCUCUGUGUCAGAGAGAGCGGCACGUGUGUGACAACGUUGGACGGUUACUACGUUGAGUCUGUGGUGUGUGUUCUGAUCGGUCUCUGCUGGUGGAUCUUCUUCGGGAAAAAAAUGAAGCGGUUACAGGAAGAGAGCCCCUCUGCGUGGCAUUGCAGGGUUGCCAAAUAGCAUCUCUACUGGACUCUGUCUCUUGUUGUAAAGUUACUUCAUGCCUUGCCCUCUCUUUCCUUCUCUUGAGUAACUACUUCUUUUUGUCAUGCUAAAGCAGGCCUGUAGACAGGCUUAAACACUUUGAGGACAGAAAUAGUAGAAUAUAGUGUACUAUUAAAUUCUUAGCAUGUCUGUUCCAUUAUCCCCAAGAACCAGAGCUUUUAUGCCAAAUUGAAAUCUGUACAUCUAUGGCACUAGCUUACGUGUGAAGUACAUGAUAUACAGUAAUGGCAUGACAUUCACUGCUCAGAUGCCUAUUUCAUCAAGCAUUUGUCUUAGAAAUACUUGAGUUCCUGUGCCUUGUGCUUCUCUGUUUCUAAUAUCAUACAAGUUUCUCCCAAAAAGACUGUGGGUCUUCUGAUAUAUUAUACAUUACACCAGUUGUUGCUGCAAAAUUCACAUUUCAGCUUUUAUGCUUUUUCUGCAGAAAGACUUGAUUCUAUUUGAGCUCUUCAGGUGGAAUGUAAAUAUUUAUACAGUAUUGACCAAAAUGGUCUCAUCAAUCACAUAAUUGUGAAUGAAACUGGUUGUAGAACUAUUGAAAUUGGUUAUAGAGGUGAAAUGGUUUUAUUAUGUGUAUAUAAAUCACUGUUACCUUAAAUGACCUAGGUAUCAAUAUAAAAAGCAAGUAAAGAAAUUGAACUAUAACUUCUGCAAGGCCAGGAAAAAAAUAAGAUUGACAAAGACUAUAUGUAUUACUACUUCUUUUUUCCCGCUUUUUCUUUGUAUUUUUAUGGCCAGUGAUUUUAAUGAAGUUUGAAUGUGUGUGUGACUGAACGUACUAUUCAUGAAACCAGC